AUGCUUGAGCUAUCAGCUAACAGAAUCUCUGGCAAUCUUCCAUCAUCAUUAGGCAAUGUGCUCCCCGAUCUGUUUCUAGUCUAUCUUAAUAACAAUCAUUUGACAGGAGAAAUUCCCAUGUCUAUUUCGAAUAUAUCUCAAAUUGAAAUACUGAAUCUUGAUUUCAAUUUUUUUACUGGACGGGUACCCAAGACUGUAGGGAAUCCACAAAAACUCGACACACUAGAUAUAUCAUAUAAUCAGCUAACAAACGAUCCUUCAACGCUAGAAUUGGAUUUCCUUAUUUCAUUAAAAAAUUGUAGUAAGUUGCAGAACCUAAAUAUCAGAAAUAAUCAUUUUGACGGAAGGCUUCCGAAAUCCUUGGCCUUGGGAAACUGGUCAGAAUCUCUUUGGCACUUGGAUGCUGGCUCUUGUGGAAUCAAAGGCCCGAUCCCUAAUGAAAUUGGUAACCUCAGCAAUUUGAUACAGUUAGAAAUGGGAGGCAAUGAAUUGAACGGAAGAAUUCCUGACGCACUGGGCAAAUUGAAGAAGUUGCAAAAGCUGAAAAUUAAUAGCUGUAAUCUAACCAGGUCAAUCCCUGUCACCCUUUGUGAGUUGGGACGUCUUUUUGAACUGAAUUUGGAGAACAAUCAGCUCUCUCGUCCACUACCAGGUUGCUUGGGAAACAUUAGCUCAUUACGAAAAAUAUAUUUAGGUCACAACGAAUUGACUUCAGUUGAACUAUCAGUAUUAUGGACAAACAAGGAUCUUCAAAUUGUUGACUUGUCUUAUAAUAAUCUUAAUGGUUCUCUGGGUUCAGAAAUCGGCAGCGUAAAGGGGAUACAAUUGCUAAAUUUAUCAGGAAAUCAAUUCUCAAGUGAUAUUCCAAACACUAUUGGACAACUUGAGAAUUUGGAAAACCUAAUUUUUUCGAGCAAUAAGUUACAUGGAUCUAUACCGGAGUCGUUCUCAGAAUUGAUUGCACUGCAAUAUUUGGAUCUAUCUCACAAUAAUCUCUUUGGUGUAAUCCCCAAGUCAUUUGGUACACUUAAGAACCUUGUGUACUUAAACGUUUCGUUUAAUGAACUUAGUGGUGAAAUUCCAAAUGAAGGGAUUUUUAAGAACUUAACAGCAAGUUCUUUCACAGGCAAUAGAGACUUAUGGGGAGCAUCUCAAUUUGAGGUAAUGCAGUGCAAAGCUAAUACAGCUAGAUCAUCGACCAAGACUAGAGUUUUGAAAUAUGUUUUACCAUCAGUUGCAUUGGUAAUAAUCCUUGCCAUUAUUAUGAUUUGGUUGAUGACACGGUGCAAUAGAAAAACAGGACGUAUUCCAUUUGAAAUUGGAAACUUAUCCAUGCUUCAAGCUUUAAUUUUGGAUAGCAAUCACUUGACAGAGAACAGAAUCUCUGGCAAUCUACCAUCAUCAGUAGGCAAUGUGCUCCCCAAUCUGUUCCUAGUCUAUCUUAGCGAUAAUCAAUUGAGGGGAGAAAUUCCCAUGUCUAUUUCAAAUUUAUCUAGACUUAAAAUACUGGAUCUUGACAUCAAUUCAUUUACUGGACAAGUACCUACGACUCUAGGGAAUCUACAAAAUCUAGACACCCUAGGUAUAGUUGAUAAUCAGCUGACAAAUGAUCCUUCAAUGUUGGAAUUGGAUUUCCUUAUUUCGUUAAAAAAUUGUAGUAAGUUGAAGACCAUACGGAUCAGAAACAACAAUUUUGAUGGAAGGCUUCCAAAAUCCCUGGCCUUGGGUAACUGGACAGAAUCUCUUUGGCACUUGGAUGCUGGUUCUUGUGGCAUCAAAGGCCCGAUUCCCAACGAAAUUGGUAACCUCAGCAAUUUGAUACAGUUAGACAUGGGAGGCAAUGACUUGAACGGAGGGAUUCCUGACGCACUGGGCAAAUUGAAGAAGUUGCAAAAGCUGAAAAUUAAUAGCUGUAAUCUAACCGGGUCAAUCCCUGUCACCUUUUGUGAGUUGGGACGUCUUUUUGAACUGAAUUUGGAGAACAAUCAGCUCUCUCAUCCACUACCAGGUUGCUUGGGAAACACCCUUUGUGAGUUGGGACGUCUUUUUGAACUGAAUUUGGAGAACAGUCAGCUCUCUCGUCCACUGCCAGGUUGCUUGGGAAACAUUAGCUCAUUACGAAAAAUAUAUUUAGGUCACAACGAAUUGACUUCAGUUGAACUAUCAGUAUUAUGGACAAACAAGGAUCUUCAAAUUGUUGACUUGUCUUAUAAUAAUCUUAAUGGUUCUCUGGGUUCAGAAAUCGGCAGCGUAAAGGGGAUACAAUUGCUAAAUUUAUCAGGAAAUCAAUUCUCAAGUGAUAUUCCAAACACUAUUGGACAACUUGAGAAUUUGGAAAACCUAAUUUUUUCGAGCAAUAAGUUACAUGGAUCUAUACCGGAGUCGUUCUCAGAAUUGAUUGCACUGCAAUAUUUGGAUCUAUCUCACAAUAAUCUCUUUGGUGUAAUCCCCAAGUCAUUUGAGACACUUAAGAACCUUGUGUACUUAAACGUUUCGUUUAAUGAACUUAGUGGUGAAAUUCCAAAUGAAGGGAUUUUUAAGAACUUAACAGCAAGUUCUUUCACAGGCAAUAGAGACUUAUGGGGAGCAUCUCAAUUUGAGGUAAUGCAGUGCAAAGCUAAUACAGCUAGAUCAUCGACCAAGACUAGAGUUUUGAAAUAUGUUUUACCAUCAGUUGCAUUGGUAAUAAUCCUUGCCAUUAUUAUGAUUUGGUUGAUGACACGGUGCAAUAGAAAAACAGGUCUUACAACUCAGUCUAGUUCACUCAUCACCGUUAAGAGGAUUUCAUAUUAUGAUAUUCUUAAAUCUACCAACAACUUUGAUGAUGAGAAUUUGAUUGGUAGAGGUAGUAUUGGUUCGGUAUACAAAGGAACAUUUUCCGACGGAAUGAUUGCUGCUAUUAAGGUUUUCAAUUUGAACUUGGAAACUGCGAACCAGAGCUUUGAUACAGAGUGCAACAUUUUGUGCAACAUUCGUCAUAGAAAUCUUGUCACUGGACUUGGAAGCUGUUCUAACCUUGAUUUUAAAGCCUUGGUGCUGGAUUACAUGCCUAAAGGAAACUUUAGUAGUUGGUUGUACUCUUUCGGUUAUUGCCUAAACAUCGAUCAGAGAUUAGAAAUAAUGAUAGAUUUGGGAUCUGCAUUGGCAUAUCUACAUCAUGGGCAUCCUUCCCCAGUGGUUCAUUGUGAUUUGAAGCCAAGCAACAUACUUCUAGAUGAAGAUAUGGUUGUCCAUGUAGGAGAUUUUGGAAUUUCCAAACUUUUGACAGAAGACCAGAGAAUUUUACAUACCCAAACAUUGGGUACCAUUGGGUAUAUGGCACCAGAGUACGGAUCAACAGGAUUGAUAUCGACUAUGGCAGAUGUUUAUAGCUAUGGAAUUAUCUUGAUGGAAACAUUUACCAAAAAGAAGCCCACGGACGAUAUUUUUGCUGGAGAUUUAAGUAUGAGGGGAUGGUUGUUUGAAUUAUACCCCGAUAAAGUAAUUCAGGCAAUGGAUGUGGAUCUAGUGGAUGGAGUUGAAGAGAACAUUGUAGCUAAAGAGAGCUGCUUCAGAUCAAUUAUGGGACUGGCACUGGAAUGCACAUCUGAUUUGCCUGAGGAGAGGCUCAAUAUGGAAAAUGUACUAAUAAGGCUGAAGAAGAUCAAAAUGGAAUUUCUUUCUAACGUUACCGAGGAAGAAUGA